AUGGUAGUAUCGGUGUCGACUUUGGGCACCGCAGUGUGGGUAAAAGCUUGGAAUAGCGAAGAGAGCGACGGGGAGGGUGGUCUUGGAAACUUGAACCGUUUGAUUGUCCGUCCACCUGGUCACAGCGGUAAAGCGAAACGUGGACACCUGUGUUUUGACGCGGCAUAUGAGUGUGGGAACCUCGGCAGAGCUGACCAUAUCACAGAACUUGAAUAUGAUUUGUUCAUAAGGCCUGAUACGUGUCGACCACGUUCGAGGUUUUGGUUUAAUUUUACGGUCGAGAACGUUAAACAGGACCAGCAAAAGCGUCGAAUAGAUCUAAUAACGAUUGGGGAUUUUAAAUUGAAAGAAACCCUAGAACAAAGAGAAGAAGCAAUAACAAGAGGUAAAACUGGUGACGCGAAGAAACGUGUAGUACUAAUAUUAUCAAGGUCUCAUGGCGGAGAGCCACCGGCGUCCUAUAUGUGUCAAGGUUUUCUGGACUAUCUGCUUAGUUCAUCAGAAAAAGCGUUGGCUCUCCGAAAUGGUAUUGUAAUACAGGUCGUUCCAAUGCUGAAUCCUGAUGGGGUAUUUCUCGGGAACCACCGUUCCGACCUCCUUGGCUCAGAUUUAAACCGAUGUUGGAACAGGGCAACAUCCUACGCCCACCCAGCCCUUAUUGCCGUUAAUGAUCUUAUCAAAAAAAUUACUGCUGAAAAGGGCCUGCAGCUUGACUUUAUUAUAGAUUUACACGCAGAUGUAAGUCAUGAAGGCGUUUUUGUUCGUGGUAAUUCAUACGAUGAUGUUUACCGGUUUGAACGUCACGCUGUACUACCAAAAUUCUUGGCCAUGCGAGUGGAAGCUUGGAAAACCGAAUCAUGCUUAUAUAACACGGAUGCGUUAUCAUUAGGAAGUGCUAGACGUUCUUUGCCUUCUGGAGCGGUGGAUGCGUAUACUGUUUUAGCAUCUAUGGGUGGACGACGGCUGAGCUCUAGGGGACCUUACAUGCAUUUCACAGAAGACGCUUAUGCUAAAAUCGGCAGAUCUCUAGCAAAAGCCCUGUGCGACUACUAUCGACACAUUGGGGUUAUUCCACAACGCAUUAGCGCACCAUCUAAGAAAAAGGAACUUUCUAACCGGCGAAGACGGAAACGACCGCCAUCCCAGAGACAAAGGUCGCCCAGUUCUUCCCCGGAACGUCGUGUGCUUGCAACUAGAAUGCUUUCGCCCCCGCUACCAAUAGCAUCACCACCGUUACUACGAGCUCUGCCACCAAGAACCGCACGAAAUAUAUCCACACGUGCCAGACCCAAAACGGUGUAUAUCAAUAACGACACAUUGCCUAUUAUACAGGGAACAGCAGUAAGGACCCCGCGGUUAGCUGUCGUAGAUUUCAGCGCAUACAUUCAAACACCGACGGGUCAUGUAAGGUAUGCCCCGAAAACAGCAAGACCCCCACGACCAAGCCACGCGAGGUUCACUAGCGAUGAGUAUGACACUCAUGACAGUGAUUCCAAUUAA